GUGCACAAUCGAAGACACACCAGUUCAUCGAAGCUCUCCAGCAAGAAAUAUCUACCAGAUUUCGAGCGCCUUCCCCGAAGAAACUUUUCCAAAAAUGUUUAAGUACAGCAUCGGUCUUUUGCUGGCUAUGGUCAUGCUAACACAUGGCCUACCCCUACAAGAACUCGUCAGAGAUGCUGCCCCAAAAGAGGCCGAAAAACAACCUGAGAAAGUCGAAGACAAACCAGAGGAACCAGCUAAGGACGAGGAAAAAGAAGAGGCCGCUACUGAAGCCGAAGCCGAAGACCCCAAGGAGGACCCAGAGGCGGCUGAGAUCCCUGGUGGUACUGAGGACCUCCCCGAAGAUGAGUAUAGCGAGGACGAGGCUGAGAUGGAAGAGGCACCUGCUACACCCGAGGGAGGCACGGAGGGAGACGAGGAUGCUCUUGAGGGAGGCACGGAGGAAGACGAGAAUGCUCUGGAGGGAGGCACGGAGGAAGACGAGAAUGCUCUGGAGGGAGGCACGGAGGGAGACGAGGAUGCUCUUGAGGGGGGCACGGAGGGAGACGACGAUGCCCCUGAGGCAUUCGAUGAAGAGGAGAAGCCAGAAGAAAACGAUAUGGGGGGCACCGAGGAAGAGAACCCGGACGUACCAUCCGACGAACCGCUGACCGGCGGCACAGAAGAGGAUGAUGAGAAAGAAGCUUCAGAGGAGGAAGAGGGGAAACCAUCUCUCGAGGACGGGACAGAGGACACACCCGAAGCUAACAAGACCCCAGAGGAGCCCAAGGAAGACGAGAAAGUAACGGAAGAGGAGACCCCCAAAGAAGAAACACCUAAGGUAGAAGAUGCCCCCGAAGAAGUAGAGGCACCUAAAGAGGAGGAAUCACCGAAGGAAGAGGACACACCAAAAGAAGAGGAUGCUCCCAAAGAGGACACACCCAAAGAAGAGGCCAAAGAAGAGCCAAAAGAAGACACCAAAGAAGAACCAAAGAAAAUAGAGGAUCUGGAAAAGCUGAGUGACAUCAGAGGCUGACGUCACUCAGCCUCUGCAUACUUGGCUAAUCGUCUUUUUACGCCUGAAUAAAACGUAAUUAUUGCAUUGUA